GACGUAGUAUGCGUCCCGCGUUCAUCGCGAGUCAGAAGGAGGAGCCAGAGCAUCGUAGAGUCAGAGCUCUGGAGUCAGAGCAUGAGCAGCGACAAUCAUAGAUAUUUAGAGUCGCACCAAACGUCAGAUGACUUCGACGACAAGACUGACCUGCUGACAGAAGGAAAACAGUCUGUCAACCAACCUGCUUUCAACAAAUGGACUUCUGUCCGUGUCAUGUAUCUUACGAUGUUCCUGAGUAGCAUGGCGUUUUCUAUUGUACUCUCAUCAUUGUGGCCAUUCUUGCGAACGGUGGAUAAAGAUGCCACACCUACUAUAUUGGGAGUUGUGGUAGCAUCCUUUAGUCUCGGCCAGCUUCUUGGAUCUCCUGUUUUUGGCUACUGGGCAAAUCGCCGCCAGUCAAAAGAGCCUGUUGUAGUUUCUUGUAUUCUAGCUCUAGUAGGAAAUUGCAUGUAUGGCUACUCAGGCAGUCUUUCUGAACAUAACAUUUUCAAUGCAAUCACCAUGAUGUCGGCCAGGUUUAUUGUAGGAUUUGGUGCAGGAAAUGUGGCCAUAACUCGCUCCUUCGUGUCUCACUCUACUACAUUGGAGGAAAGGACUGCAGCCAUGGCAAACAUGAGCAUUGCACAAGCACUAGGCUUUAUCAUUGGUCCAGCCAUUGGCCUGGCUUUUGUUCCGCUGGGUGAAGAUGGUGUCCAAGUGAGUGCCAUUUACUUUCAGCUGAAUAUUUACACUGCUCCUGGCUUUCUUGGAGCUACACUAGCUCUGCUCAACGUUGUCUUCGUUCUGGUCUUCUUUCGCGAACACGUCAACAUUGUAGCUGUGCCUGAUUCUGACAGUCUUACGCCCAGCAUUCAAGUGACUGGCGAUAGCGGUUACUCUGCUUCACACUUGAAGAUGGAUAAACUUGCUGUCAUUGGCUGCAUUGGUCUUUUCUUCAUUGUUCUCUUUGUAUUCACAGUGUUUGAAACCCUAACGACACCACUGUCAAUGGAUGAGUAUGCAUGGAGUAGUGUACAAGCUACUUUCUACAAUGGCAUACUGUUUGCUGUUGCUGCUGUUAUUUCAGUUGUUACAUUCCUGUUGGCAAAGCCACUCUCACGAAAGGUGGAUGAAAGGACACUUCUUGUUGUUGGUUUCAUCAUCAUUGCCUGUGGAAUUGUAGUGCUGCUGCCAUGGAGUAAGGAAUCUCCUGCUGUAAUGGCUAGUUUUAUAGAUACAAAUCCCACUGUCAAAGUCACCUCAACAGCCACUGAACCAACGUUCCUGCCUUUCAACACUGAAGCUGCAUCCAGCAGUCGGGGCUGUCCUUUGCAGUAUCGUUGGUGUAUCAACUCAUCUAAAGUUUUGAUACAACAGUUCUUUGCAGGAGCUGUUCUCAUAAGCAUUGGUUACCCUGUUAGCAGUCUCAUGACCUACAGUUUGUAUUCCAAGAUUCUUGGAGAGAGGAAGCAGGGCACAAUGAUGGGAUGGCUGACAGCUUCAGGAAGUCUCGCAAGAACGUUAGGCCCAGUAUUUGUGAGUUCAGUAUACCAUAGAUUUGGUCCACGAUGGACAUUUGUUUCCUCUGGUGUAAUAGUUGCGAUAGCCCUUUUGGCCUUAUGGUAUCUCUACCGUAGACUCGUUCCUUUUCACCUGAACUUCAGAAUCAAUGGAUUACAGCAUUACUAGUUCACUAUGCACAUGUAUACAAUU